GGACUCUUGGACUUUGAGCUCCUGACUACAACGGUCAUCUGGAUUCAGCAUAUAUAUGCAUGGAGGCACCAGUGUGACACACUCACAAACAGGCUUUCACGCUUAGAGAUACACAAGCCAAAAGCAGCAAGACGCAGUCAUGAAGGUGUUUGUGGUACUGGCCGUUGCAGUGCUGUCUGGCUGUCAUGCCAACCUCUUCUAUGCUGAUGCACCCAAGCCACAGCUGGAAGUGCUCACUGAUGCAUUCUGGGACUACAUUGCCAAGGCCACCCAGACAGCUGAUGAUACCCUCAAGAUGAUCAGGAAGUCUCAGUUUGGACAGGAAGUCAACGCCCGUCUGACAGAGAGCGCCGACAUGGCCAGCAGGUACGCAGUCACCCUCCAGGAGCAACUUCCCCCUGCGGCCCAGGACAUGAUCAACAAAGUCACCAGAGAGGCUGAAGUGCUAAGAGACCAAGUGACCCAGGAGCUGAACACCGUCAGGUACAAGCUGGAACCCUACACCGAGGACAUGAAGGCCCAGAUCCAGCAGAGAGUGGAGCAGCUCAAACAGGAGCUGGCCCCCUACACAGACUCCAUGGACUCUGAGACCCUGAGGACCAUGCUGGUGCAGAAGAGCGAGGAGCUGAAGACCAGCCUGGAGCAGAGCGUGAAGGACCUGCAGGCUCAGCUGGGGCCCUACACUGAUGACCUGAAGCUGAAGGUGGACGAGCACCUGAGAAAUUUCCAGGAUAGCUUGACCCCCAUGACCGAGAAGGUCCAGGUUGAGCUGAGCCAGAGAGCAAAUCUGGUGAAACAAAUGGUGGCCCCCUACGCUGAGGACUUGAGGGAAAAGCUGGACCCCUACGCCCAGGACCUCCAGGCCCAGCUCAUGUCCCUUUACCAGUCCUUUGUCAACGGCAACUAA